AUGGAAGGCAACGAUAAAGAAUUUCGACAAUCAUUUUCACUUCCAGUAUUCAUCUACAGACAAAAAGAAGGAAGAUCAAUAUACUCAAUGAAUAUCCCCAAAAUUAUGUUUUGGUUUUCCGGUCUCAUGACGAUUUUGGUUUAUGCAAAUUUGCUUCUAGCUUGCUUGACUAAUUUUUCUUGCUCCACUUUUUUACCUACACUGACUUAUAUUGGCUGCUUUAGAGGACAUGACAGGAUCUUCAUUGUUUCUUGCACAUUUUUUGCACUUGUCCUUGUUCUAAUGUAUACAGGAGCUUAUUACCAUUUUGGAUCAUCCUUACCAGAUUGAAAAAGACUUGCUCUUCUGUAUUUAGGAGUGAUUUCGUGCAUUACAUUACCUUUUAUCAGCCUCACAGAUGAAGUUAACAGUGUACACAUAAUUCCCUUUGAGCCGGUUUAUAGCUUUUUAUCAGUCUGCUUUGUGCUUGUCAAUCUCGCUUGGGGAUCUCUGGUUUACUCUUUGAUAUUGAAAUCACGCAGCACUUUCAAUGUCCAAGAGAGGCGCUGGUUCUUCAUUUUGACUCUGUUUUUAGGACUCUUUGCAUUUUUAUCGCUAAUAACUCUUAUUGAAUGGAAUUGGGCAUACUCAACCAGCUCCAAUGCGUUUAUAAACGAAAACGCUGAAGCCAUAUGUGAAUGGAUUUUAGUCACAAUUUCGAUCUUUUUACCGCCGAUCUUUUGCCAGUUUUUCAGAGGGUUUAUGCUAAGUUUCGCGGUGAGCUCUGGAAGAUCGAGAUCUGAAGAAAAAGAAGCAAAAGAUGUAGAGCUAGCUACCCUUAAUCCUUAA